AUGCCUGCGGAAAUCACUGGGAGCUUGACGGAUCUUAUGCUAGCUUCAUACUAUGGCCAUCUUACUAUAGUUGGGCUUUUACUUAAGGGGAACCGCAAUAUCGAGGAGAAGGAUAGCAAAGACAGUCGGACACCGCUAUCAUGGGCUGCUGAGAGGGGACAUGGGGCCGUCAUAGAGCUUCUGCUCGAAGAUUUUGCCAAUGUUGACACAAAGGAUACUAAAAACGGACGGACGCCGCUAUCUUGGGCCGCCAAGAAAGGGCACGAGGAUGUUGUUGAUCUGCUUCUUGUUGACUGCUUCUAG